AAACAGAAAAGUGAGGUGGUCAUGAAAGGGAAAUCGCUGGCUGGUCCGCUGCUGCAAAUUAAAUGCCUUUGUUUUCCCUAUAAAUAUGGCCUCCAAGAUCGCACAGCUUCGUCAAGCAGCAGCUGCUAGAGCAAACCUAAGAGCCAAGCGGCAGCAGCCAGCUAAUAAUUAAGCAGCCAAAUUAAGUGCGACGAUGGCGUCGUCCAUCGCCAGAACCGCAUGUCUCCUCGUGCUCACACUGUUCGUCGUCUCCGCGGCGAUCAUCUUGCCCAGCUCCCUGUGCCAUGGAGCCCGCGGCGUCGGGUUAGGUAUCGGCGGCGGCGCUUUGGACCCUGACCGUCCAGCGUGCGUCGGGGUCGGGGCAUGCCCAGUUCGUGGGCGCCCCUUUCCUAUCGUCAAACCGUCCCCCCCAUCCAACGGAGGGGACCCACAUCACUGAUGCCUGCCUCGGAUCACGCGCCCUCCGUCGUAUCGGUCUGUCUACGAUGGAACGAUGCACCGUGCACGAGCACGACUGCAUGCUACUAGCUACUAGCUAUCUCGUGUACCUGUACAGUCGUCGUGCUUAUGUACGUACGUAUGGUCAAUUAAUAAAACUGGAGUGGGAUGAUGAUGGUGAGAAUUUCUUGUACUGGAUGAUGACAUGCAUAUGUCGUUGGUUCAUAUAGACGACCACUUGCAAAAUAAAUGAAUAUAUGGUGAUAUGGGAACGCUGCCAUGUGAGCCCACCAUCA